GGUCACAUUGAUGUCAAGCGAGAAUUGCAAAUUUAUUUUAUUUACUUGUAAAAUUACAGAAUUAAAAUUUUAAGGCGCCAUGGACGACAUACGCAGCAGCUUGGAUAAUAUGGUAGACCAAUUCAACGACAGCAUUACCCACUCGGCGCCCAAGAAGCUGCUAUUCAAUCGUCUCUCCAUCUCGCUGAGCGACGAUUCUGCAACAUUGCCAAAGAAGCGACGCAUGGAGCAGGAGUCGCCCAACUGCAGCCUGAACACCUCCAAUGGCUCGUUGAACAGCUCCACGACCGACCCGAAUGGCAUCAUGCAGACGAACAAAUUGCGCGCGGAGCUCAUCGAGACAAAGGCGCGUCUCAACCAGGUGCAGGAGAAGCUGAAGCAGAACGACAAGAAGCGUCGCAUGGAGUUGUCACUGGCCGAAAGCAAAGUCUCUUCCCUGCAGGCUCAAAGCGACUACACCAGCAACAAAAUGGUGCGCCUGUUGGAGGAGAUGGAAAAAAUGCGCGGGAUCGAAUCCAGUUACAAGGAGGAGAUGCGCCGUGCCAAGGCCGAAUUGGCCGCUCUCAAGCUGAAGUACGAUGACACCGUCAGCAAGCUAAAGAACGAGAAGGCGCAGCAGGAGCACGACGCACGCGAUGUUCAGUUGUGCAUCAACAACGAGCUGGCCGAGUACCGCCGCCACGCCCAGCGCUCCGAUCUGGAGCUGCAGUCGACGCUCAACGAGCUGGAGUCCAUUCGGCAGCGUCACGACGAGUACAAGGUGCGUGUGUCCGGCUUCGAGGAGUUGAGAGCUAACUUUGAGAAGCAGCAGCAGAGCCUGAAGGUGGCCGAGGAGCGCAUCAAGGAUCUGGAGUUCGAGAUUCAAUCCUACACCGACUGGAAGCAGGUGACCAAAGUGUCGCAGGAGCGUCUCGCCAGCAUACCCGAAAUGGAUGCCGAGCUGCAGCGCCUGCGCAUCCACAACCGGCAGCUGAACAAGAUCAUUGGCGACAAGCUGCUGCUGGAGGAGCAGGUGCACGAGUACAAGGCGCGGCUGGACAAGGAGGAGGGUGCCCGUGCCGAGGCGGCAUCGCUGCAGGUGAAGCUCACGCACACGGAGCAGGAGCUCAAGGAGUGGGUCAAGGUCGCGCAGGAUCAUUGUCUGGCCAACACGCUGGUCAGUCCGGCGGCACUGCGCUCCCGCAUCGAGCAGCUGCUGCAGGGCGACAUUGUCCACGUGUCCGAGAAGUACGCCUCCGAGUCGGAGUCCAAACAGAUGCGCAAUGCUGUGCGGGACUUGGAGCAGAAGGUGCGCAUUUACCUCAAGAACAUUGAGGAUCUGAACAUGAACCUGAAGCGGCACAAGAACUUCAAGGAUCGGCUUCAGCGCAAGCUGCGCACUGUGUCCCGGGAGCGUGACUUCUACAAGCAAAUGGUGGACAAUUUCGACAAGGAUCUGACCAUGAGCAAUGCGAGUGUGGCUGAGAUGACGCAGGACAUGCAGGUGCGCUAUCGCGUGGAUGUACUGGAGCGCACGGUGACCGGCUACAAGGAUCUGUGCGCCACACUGGACCGCGAGAUUCAGGCCAUGCGCGAUCAGGAGCAGCUCAGCGACCCGUCCAGCGAGGACUAUGAGAACGUGAAGAAGGAACUGGACACGCUGCGCAUCGAGAACGAUCGCCUGCGCAGGCGCAAGGAGGAGCAGGAGCUGGAGAUGAUGCAACGUUGUCUGCGCCAGGACAUCAGCUCACCCGUCAGCAAGGUCGUGCAUUUCGCCGACAAUCCCGCUGCCGAGGCAUACGAAUCAUCCAAGAACAUGUUCGAGAAGCUGCAGGCCGAAAUCGAGCGUCUGAAGCGGCACAACAAGAAGUUGGAGGAUGCCAACGAGCAGCAUCUGAAUGAGACAACCACCAGCACUGGGGGCAUGACCAUGAACUUCAAGGAGCUGAACAAACUGCGCGCCGAACUCGAGUCGGCCAAUGCCAAGCUGGGCAAGACGAAGGAGCACUUUAUGGCUGCCCGAAAGGAGUUUCGCGAUGUGGUAUACAUGCUGCUGGGCUAUCGCAUCGAUCGCGUGGGUUACAAGAGCAAUUAUCGCGUUACCAGCAUGUAUGCGGAGAGUCCUGAUGAUUACUUUUCCAUAGCUUUGAGCGAAAGCAAUGAUUUGGCACUGCUUGAGACACCCUACUCGGAGACGCUGCAGCCAGCACUCGAUCAGCAGCUGGCAGCCAAUAACUCAUUUCCACCAUUCUUCAGCUCGCUGACGCUGGAUUUGUUUCAGCGUGCCACCGUCACAAUUAACUGAAGGGAGAGACAGACACAGUCUCUAUCUUUAGUUUAACUCUUAUUUUAACGUAGUUUAAGUUCAGCGUUUGAUUGUUGUUCCCAACUAACAUCCGUGGCACGAGAAGUUCAUUCUUCAUUUCUAUUUGUGCUUGUGUUUAGUCGAUUGCAAUCAGAAAUGUGACUAAAACGAGAUUCAAUAUUAGCUGUAAUCAUAAUUAAACAACAAUUGAUAGAUA